AAAAUUAGGUCGAUUUUUUUAUAGAAGUCAAUCUUUAGAAAGCAAUUUUAUACAGUUGAUUGUGUAUGUCCCCACUAAGUGCAGUAAGUUGGCGGAAUGCAUCCUCAAUACUGUUGCUAGCAUCGAUUCAUGGAGUUUUGCACUGUGGGUAGCUAUCCCACAGUCCCCACUGCCCAUUGGCACUCUGGGUUAAGCUCCCAGUGCCCAAUGGAGCAAAAACAUUGUCGUGAGUAGUUUUGGGUACAUGGGAGGGGGAGAAUCACUGACAGGGUAGCCUGGAUGGGGUGGAGGAGGAGGGAAGGACAAGACCACAUUGCUUACUGUAGCCACGCUACAAAUCAAAGCUGUUUGAAUGACAGCCUUCUGUUGCUUGAGCCAUCUUCUGGAGUUGAGCGGCCGGGUGUCCGAAACCUUCCCCACCCCCACCCCCAUUCUUGAGUGUCUGGGUGAGGAGGAUAUGGAACUUGGCGAGGAGGGCAGGCGGUUAUACAAUAGAUGCAGCAGAGGUCUGUGCUCUGGUUGCCUUUCCUGCAGCUCCACCAGACACCUGAUCAUGUCCGUUUGCUCCCCCAUUAGCUUCAGCAUCUCCUCCUGCAUAUUCCAAUCAUGCUCACUUAGUGCUUUCCUGGUCUCUGCCACCGAAUGCUUCCAUGCAUUCAGCUGUGCUCUAUCAGUGCGGGAGGACUGCAUGAGCUCUAAAAAUGUCACCACGCAUACAUUUUUUCCACCUUCUAAUCUGCGAUAACCUCAGGGACGGAGUUGAUGCAGGGAGCACAGAAACUUUUGCACUUGCAUGAGGGAUAAAAAGGGAGUAAAAUUUAAGAAGAUAAAUUUCUGAGAACAAAAGGGAGACUUUCACAGUGAAUCAAGCAAUUCACAUCAAACAGCACGUGUUUUAGGUACACGGUCGCAUUUUGCCUUUUAUAUUGAGCGCCUGCCUGUGUGGUGACACAUCUCACACACAGCUGGGCAACAGAAUUCAGUUUCCAGGCAGCCAUGGUAAGCCAAAGGGUAUGUGGGUUUGGCGUCUUCUGCCUUCGUAACAUGUGGGAAUGAUUUCAAACUGCAGCUUCCUCUUUUUCCAUAGCAAGCAAUGCUGGUUAGGUUUGCCGUUUAAAAGGAGGGGCUGUGGUUUUGGGGUGUAUGUGCAGCUCACCCCUCCCUGCACUGCGUGGCUAUUCUCCAGGAUGAUCUCUUUUAGCCAAGUGCAAACAGCCCAGCAUGAAAGGGGUCCUUUUACUGUUCCCUUACAAAAAUUCCCCUAUUUCAACCAGGUGACCAUGAAUAUCACUCUCUUGAGGCUGACACAGAAAGAUAAAGACCGAAUGUUGCAUGAAUGCGACCAAAACCCAGGACCAUUCGCUGCCAUGCUUUGUGCUGCAAUGCUUCCAGACUACUUGUUAGUGGCUUGGCGUGGUAAAGUGUCCUACUGUGGAGGAUGAAAUAAGGCAGCCCUCCCCAGAAACCUUCUGCAAAAGCUUUCAGAGUACCUCCAGGAGAGCUUCAUGGAGAUGUCCCCGGAGGAUUCCUGCUCCAUCCUCAGACAUGUUAACAGACUUUUCCAGUAGCUGUACUGGCUGCGAAUGCAUCCCAAUUCUUCAAGGCAAAUCAGACAUUAAACACAAUUGCUUUUAACCCCUGCAAUGUAGUUACAAAUAUGCACUCACCAGAGGUGCCUUUUCUGCCUUCAGGGUCUGGGAACAAUUCACUCUGGGAAGUUAUUGGCUCCAGAGUGAUGGAAAGGUCCUCGCUGCUGGGGAGAACGAAUUCUAUGCUUGCCUGCUGGGCAUUCUCCUCCUCCUCCUCCUCCACCUCCACAAAAUCCUCCAUCAUGUUGCGUGAGACUCCCCCCUUUCAGGUGUUCUCCCCCCGCUCCUCCGAAUGGUAUGCAGCUGGUCAUAGAAGCAGCAUGUCUGGGGCUCUGACCCGGAGCGACCAUUUGCCUCCUUUUGUCUUGUAUGUUCCCCACAAAGAGAUUAUGUGAUUCUGGCUAUUCGAACACCUCUAAGAGAAGAGCAAAAUGAAAGAAACAAAAAUUAUCAUCCAAAAUUGGCUGACAUUGAUGAAGAAUGGGUAACAGGACAUGCUAGUCAGUUGUCUAGAAUGCUCCCAGGAGGACUACUAGUUCUUGGUGUAUUUAUUGUUGCAGCUCCAGAGUUGGCAAAAGACAUCCAAAAUGCUUUGCGCAAGCUAGUUUUUUCAGUAGAAAAGUCUAUAGGUAAAAAGAGGCUCUGGAAUUUUGCUGAGGAUGAGGUCUCUGACAGAGUGGCUCUUCACCUUUGUUCUGCUACAAAGAAGAUACUCUGUCGAACCUAUGAUAUGCAAGAUCCAAAGAGUUCAGCUAAGCCAGCAGACUGGAAGUACCAAAGUGGCCUGUCUGCCUUCUGGCUAUCUUUGGAGUGCACAAUUAAUGUUAAUAUCCACAUCCCACUUUCUGCUACAUCAGUCAACUAUGAACUAGAAAAGUAUACAAGGAACGGAUUAACCCGGUGGGCAAAACAGAUAGAGGAAGGUGUUUUUCUGAUCAACGGGCAAGCUAAAGACGAUGACGCAGAGCUGUUGGAAGGGCAGAAAAAGUCUUCAAGAGGAAAUAUUCAACACAGUACUCAACCCUUUGAUGUGAAGGUUCUGAUGCAAUUGUCCCAGAGUUCAGGUCACAGAUCUACAGCAACUGUGCAAGUCUGCAGUGGUUCCAUAAAUCUUAAAGGUGCUAUGAAAUGCAGAGCUUACAUCCAUAAUAACAAGCCAAAAGUUAAAGAUGCUAUUCAGGCUUUGAAGAGGGAUAUAAUAAACACACUCUCUGAUCGUUGUGAAAUAUUAUUUGAAGAUCUGCUUAUAAAUGAGGCACCCGAGAAAAAAAAUUCUGAGAGAGAAUAUCAUGCCUUGCCUCACAGAGUGUUUGCCUCUAUUGCUGGAUCAAACGUGAUGCUGUGUGAUUAUAAAUUUGGAGAUGAAACGGCUGGUGAAAUCCAAGAGCGUUUUUUUGAGAUGUUGGAUCAAGUUGUGCAUGGGGAAGCUAUACACAUAGCCGAGGAAAUAAACAUAGUUGCUAUAAGUCCACUUGUUGACAACACAGAUGACACGCAACAGAUGCAAUUGACAAAAGCAACACUACUGUUGAAAUUUCAACAAAACAUGGGUGUGGUAAUAGCAGCUGCAGUUGCAAUCUUUGCAGUAGCUUUCUCCUUUAAUUACUUCAGUGACUAGACUUCAAGCAAAAGAAGCAGUCUAAUCAGCAUGGGAACAUUUUAAUAAAAGAUGGAAGCUUUGAAGAUUUCAUAUAUUAGCAACUAAACAUGUUACCUAAAAUACACCAGUUAGGUGUGUUCUAAAUUGUAGUGAUAUAUUCAUCUUGUUUCAACAUGCAAAUACUGUAGGUGGAUCAGAUUUCCAGGAAACUAAAGGUAUAUAUCUUUGAUGGAAAUUACCUGUAAAAUAGCAUUAUUUUCCAGGAAGAAUUGUUUAAAAAAAACAAAAAAAAACAAAACCCUUUUCCCUGCUAUUUCAUUACAAUUUUAUUGUUAAAAACUUAACUACUAUAUUUUUCAAGAGACAUUUUCAAGGUUGUUGGAUCUUAACAUUUGCCCUUUUUAAAUUACCCACCAUGGCAGGUCUUGCCUUAAGGAAUCCCUUAACACUGAUAUGGGCUAAAAUGCUAUUAAGUAUUUAAAAGCGAGAGAGAGACAAGGAUUGAAAUCCUGAUUUCAAUGUUACCAGAAUUUCACCCCAUAUAUUCUUUUUGUUAAGUAUAUGUGUCAGGUUGGUUAAUGGAUGUAGUAAAUAUGCAAAUAGUUUGUAGCAGCCCCAAAAUCCCAUUUUAGGCCAACACACACUAUAUAAGUAUCUUAGCUCAAGUAUCAUAAACAGAAAUUAAUGAAAUAAUUAAACCUCUAAGAUGUAUGGAAAAUUUAUAUAUGCUUUCUUUUUCAUCAUGAUCUGACUUAUCCAUCCAAUCCUGAUUGACUCAAUUCCCAUCUUUCCUUGAAGAAAGAUAUAUCAGAUAAUUCCCCAGAUAUUCAAAUCCCAAAUAUGCAGACAGAUAUGAAUAAUUUUAUAAAUUUUUAGAGGCUGAUCAUUUAAAAUUUUGGGGAUAUGAAUGAGAGAGGUACGUCUAUGCUGUCUUUAAAGUUUGCUUUCCCUCAGGAAAUAUAUUUGAAACAAGGUUAACAAAUGUCCCUUUUAUACAAAAGUUUUGGCAUUCAUAUAGUUCCGAGUUACUAUAUAAAACAGAUAUGUACCAGUUUGAACAGUAUUUAACCUUUAACUGCAGCUUAAUGAGUUUAGAUGCAAAGGUACUGGAAUUGCAGGAAAAAAUCAGAAAGCUUUGAGCCUACAGCAUAAUCAAGCAUAAAAUAUUAGAAAACUUUGAAUAAAAGGUAACUUGCAGAUGAAAUAAUGUUAAAAUUCAUAGCCUUUUCAUCUGAUUUUUAUGUUCUGGAAACAGUAAACCCAGUAAAAGAAAAAUUUGAUGUACAGAUUUUUACAAUUACUGCUGACUUGCUAAGGAUCAAGAAAAGCUUAGAUUGACUCUUAGAGCAAAUUGAAGCUAUAAAAAGCAUUGUCUUCAUUAAGCAUUAGUAACACACCAAAUUUGAACAUUAUAGGAGUUCUUUUUAAUUGUUGCCCAAAGGCUAAAUUUCAGACUUGGAGCAUGGUUGAGGCCUGUAUUAGGCAAUAGUGGCAUCUCUGAUGUCCUCUCUUUCCUUCUCACUGCAUUGUUUGAAUGAAGCAACUUUGAAGGGUGAAGAAGGAAACGAGACCCCUUAUCGCAGAGUGCAGGGAUGCCCUCCUGCAGCAAAUGUAUUUUGGAAAUAUGUGCUAUUUGACAUAAAUCUGAUUGAUUUCCACAGGCAAAAUAGAAUGUUGACAAAGUAUCUUCUUAAUGAGCCAGGGACAAAUCAAUAAUAGCAGGAAUGGUUCAGCAAUAUCCAGAGGUGGAGAUGAGUUUCCCAACCUGCCUCAAGCCUUUUUUAAAUUUUCAAAACUGCUCCUUACACAGACACAGUCUGCUUCUGUCUCCUGAGGGAAUGGUAGGAAGAAGUCAGUCUGUUGUCCUAGUUGUGAGCAGGCACUUGAUUCCUUGCCUACUUCUGGCUGCUAAAAGAAGGUGGACCUUGGACUUUGGUACCAAAGUCCAUCUCAGCUGAGAGAGUUGGGGGAGAAAAGAGAACAUGGUGGGAGGCACUGAAGAAAGGGAAAGAGUGGCUGUCAGGGCAUUCUCCUGUAGGGGCUCCUUGACUUUGGCAUUUUAUUUCUCACUUACCAAAAAUAACGCACUUGGUUGGCCAGAGCUGCAUGUGUGUAUUUUUGGGAUAAGUCAUAUUGCAAAGGUUAAUUCUUUUUAAAAUAGUAAUCUGUGAAAUAUGUUAAUUGUUGACUGGCUGGUGUUUUGAUGACUUGGUCAAAAUAAAGCAUUUUGAAUAAAGAGA